CCUAAUUCUGAUUUGCUCAGAACACAACCGUGCAAUUCUUUGAUUCGCAGCUGCCGGAGCCGCUCCGAAUAAGUUAAUCCGACGAACGAUGGCGGCGAAGUACGAUUUGACGCAGCUUAUAGCACCGCAUCUGGACAGGCAUCUGGUGUUCCCGCUGCUUGAGUUUUUGCAGGAGCGUGGUCUGUAUGAGGAUAUUUUGAAGGCGAAAAUUGAGCUUCUGAAUCAUACCAACAUGGUUGAUUAUGCUAUGGAUAUUCACAAGUCGCUCUACCGGUCCGACGAUGUUCCGCAGGAGAUGGUCGAUAGGAGGGUUGAGGUCGUUGGUAGACUGAAGGCAUUGGAAGAGGCUGCAGCUCCUUUGAUUGCUUUUCUGCAGAAUCCAAACGCUGUUCAGGAAUUGAGAGCUGAUAAACAGUACAAUCUGCAGUUACUUAAUGAUCGCUAUAAGAUUGGUCCGGAGCAGAUAGAAGCACUGUAUCAGUAUGCCAAAUUCCAAUUUGAAUGUGGAAACUACUCUGGAGCUGCUGAUUAUUUGUAUCAGUACCGGGCCUUGUGCCCUAACAGUGAGAGGAAUUUGAGUGCAUUGUGGGGGAAAUUGGCUGCAGAGAUACUGAUGCAAAAUUGGGAUGUUGCAUUGGAGGAGCUUAAUCGAUUGAAGGAAAUCAUCGAUUCUAAGAAUUUUUCUUCACCGAUGAAUCAAGUGCAAAGCAGGAUAUGGCUAAUGCACUGGAGUUUGUUCAUCUUCUUCAAUCAUGACAACGGAAGAACACAGAUAAUUGACUUGUUUAAUCAGGAUAAGUAUCUGAAUGCCAUUCAAACAAAUGCUCCCCAUCUUAUGCGUUAUCUGGCAACUGCCUUCAUUGUCAACAAACGAAGACGCCCACAAUUUAAGGAAUUUAUAAAGGUGAUCCAGCAAGAGCAGUACUCUUAUGAAGAUCCCAUUGUACAGUUUUUGGCAUGUGUCUAUGUCAACUAUGACUUUGACGGGGCUCAAAAAAAGAUGAAAGAGUGUGAAGAAGUUAUACUGAAUGAUCCAUUUCUUGGGAAACGAGCUGAAGACGCUAAUUUGGGCACUGUGGUGGUUCCAUUGAGAGACGACUUCCUUGAAAAUGCUCGUCUUUUCAUUUUUGAGACCUACUGUCGCAUUCAUCACCGCAUCGACAUGGGCGUUCUAGCAGAGAAGCUUAAUCUGAAUUACGAGGAAGCGGAGAACUGGAUUGUAAAUCUCAUUAGGACUUCGAAGCUCGAUGCUAAGAUUGAUUCAAAGACAGGAACUAUAGUCAUUGAACCCAACCACCCGAAUGUGUACGAGCAACUCAUCGAUCACACUAAGGGCCUUUCCGGGAGGACUUAUAAGCUCGUCAGCCAGCUUCUCGAACAUGCCCAAGCACAGGCUGCUCGAUGAGGCAUUUGUCGAUUUCACCGCCAAGUUUUUCUGUCAUACUUGUGGAUUGGUAGUAGUUUAUAUUCUUGCGCAACCUUUUACUGUUUUAUGUUCGUCAGAAAUUUUAUUCUUGGUUUUUUGCCCUAUCGCCGUCGCCGAUUCUGUAUUUCUGGCUUGCCAUGAAUGUGAUGAUAUUUCUUCAACCUUUUCACAUGUUAGUGUAUUUUAUUUUUAUUUUUAA